AAUCCCUUUUGGUUAGUAUCUCCUCAAAUAGAAGGUGUUCAGUAAAACAUGCCCAAAUGAGCAUGGAUUUCAUUCAACCUUCUCACAGACACAAUGGAGGGAGCCUAAUCUUUCCUGUUCCUCCCUUUCGCCAGGAAGAUAUGAGUAGCUGAAGUAUGUGGUGCUAUAUAUAGUCAGUUGAUGUCAGCUGGAUGCCAGUCUCUUCAGAAAGCCUCAGUCCUCUGUUUGAGCCAGAGCUAGGGACCAUGCCGUCCCAAGUUCAAGGAUAAAACCCAUCCGGCCCUGGUGCCAUCAUAUUCCAUCUCCAGAGUCUUCCUCCACCAUUGGGACUCCUCCCUGCUGAAAAGCAGACUAACAGCAAGGGCACAAAAGCCAUGCUAUUACAUAGCACCCUGGUGAAGCAGAGGAAGCAGCCAGGAUCAGCCAUCAUGAAGGAAAGCCACAGAAAUGAUGCAGAGGGCAUGGAUCUGGGCAAAAAAGUCAGCAUCCCCAGAGACAUCAUGUUGGAAGAACUGUCUCAUCUGAGUAAUCGUGGUGCCAGACUGUUUAAGAUGCGUCAAAGAAGAUCUGACAAAUAUACAUUUGAGAAUUUCCAAUAUGAGUCUAGAGCGCAAAUAAACCACAAUAUUGGUAUGCAGAAUGGGAAACUGGAUGGCAGUCCCAUGGAAGCUGCUUUACAGCAAGCACCCCUGACUCCCCCCAACACCCCAGAUCCACGAAGCCCUCCAAAUCCAGAGAGCAUUGCACCAGGAUAUUCUGGGCCCCUGAAGGAAAUUCCCCCUGAAAGAUUCAACACCACCGCUGUCCCUAAGUACUACCAGUCCCCCUGGGAACAGGCCAUCAGUGAUGACCCAGAGCUCUUGGAGGCUUUAUACCCUAAACUUUUCAAGCCUGAGGGAAAGGCAGAACUACCCGAUUACAGGAGCUUCAACAGAGUUGCUACCCCAUUUGGAGGUUUUGAAAAAGCAUCCAAAAUGGUCAAAUUCAAAGUUCCAGAUUUUGAGCUACUACUGCUAACAGAUCCCAGGUUCAUGGCCUUUGCAAAUCCUCUUUCUGGAAGACGGUCCUUUAAUAGGACUCCGAAAGGGUGGGUAUCUGAGAAUAUUCCCAUUGUGAUAACCUCGGAGCCUGCAGAGGAAGCCGCCAUGCCAGAAUCAGAAGACCUCUGAGAAGGAAGCUGUACACUACACAGAAACCUUUCAAUAGAAAAGUUCCUUUUUCACUAUCCUGCUUAUUGACAGCCACUUACAUUCUUCAUUAGUAGUGAUUA